AUGCAGGAUUCCAGAAUAACAUUGUCCCUAAACGAGAGAGAAAGAGAAAACCUGCUAGUACCUACCCCUGCAUACAGGCAGCCCAAAGCCCUCCGCAACAAAAACCCACUAGUACCUCCCCUUGAAUACAGGCAGCCCCUAGCCCUCGGCAACAAAAACCCACUAGUACCUAACCCUGUUUACAGGCAGCCCCUAGCCCUCUGCAACAAAAACCCACUGGUACCUACCCUUGAAUACAGGCAUCCCCUAGCCCUCUGCAACAAAAACCCACUAGUACCUAACCCUGUUUACAGCCAGCCCCUAGCUCUCCGCAACAAAAUCCCACUAGUUCCUACCCUUGAAUACAGGCAGCCUCUAGCCCUCCGCAACAAAAACCAACUAGUACCUACCCCUGCAUAUAGGCAGCCCCUAGCCCUCCGCAACAAAAACCCACUAGUCCCUACCCUUGAAUACAGGCAGGCCCUAGCACUCCGCAACAAAAACCCACUAGUCCCUACCCUUGAAUACAGGCAGGCCCUAGCACUCCGCAACAAAAACCCACUAGUCCCUACCCUUGAAUACAGGCAGCCUCUAGCCCUCCGCAACAAAAACCCAAACGAACAUAACCCUGUUUACAGGCAGCCCCUAGCCCUCUGCAACAAAAACCCACUGGUACCUACCCUUGAAUACAGGUAG